AUGGCUUCUCCAACACCGAGUUUGUGGCCUCAAAAGCCUACAAUAGUGUUGUUACUUAUAUGCAUUUCAUUUUCACAUUCAUAUUCUGUUGAAGAAGCAAUAACAUCUUCUAAGAAGUUAGACCAACCAGUGUUUCCUCCACCAGCAUACACUGAAAUCAAGUGUGGAUCAUGUCCUUGUGGAGACACCUGUGGUGAGCAACUUCCACCACCACCACCUCAACCAUCUCCUGCUCCUCCUCCUCCUUGUCUAUCACCACCACCGCCACCACCAUCACCGCCGCCACCAUCACCGCCGCCUCCUAAAAUUCCCUCUUGUCCUCAGAAUUGCAACCCCUUGCCGCCACCACCACCAAGAUUUGUAUAUGUGCCUUUGCCAGGUGUACCAAAACCAUAUACUUGGGUGUACUAUUACUCUGCUGCUGAAAACAGAGGUGUGGGGUUGAUUGUUUUGGCUGGUUUGGGAGGACUCUCAAUGGCAACACUACUCUUGGAUGACAUCUUGAAGCUAAAGCUAUAUUUCUGA